AUGGCAGCAUCCAGAGCUACUCGAAUUAAGCUGAUUACAUUUGAUGCGUACAACACUUUAUUCAAGCCCCGUGGCAAUUUGACAGCUCUGUAUGCUUUGGAAGCAUCGCAUCAUGGUAUUACUGUUUCCAAAGAUGAGAUCAACAAACACUUUGGUAGAUUGUAUAGACAGCAAUUGGAUCAAAAGCCAUUUUACGGUAUCCAUCAAGGGCUGUCUGUUCGUAAUUGGUGGGAGGAGCUUGUGUAUACGACCUAUGUGCAUGCUGGUGUCUCCAAGAAGGAUCUCGAUCCCAAGUUUGACAAACUCUUUACUGGCUUGUUCAACCGCUUUACGCAUCAGCAGUACUACGACCUGUUUCCAGAUGUCACACCCACCUUGGAAUUUUUGAAAAAGAACGGUUUCCACACGGGUGUGAUUAGCAAUACAGAUGAGCGCAUCAUUCCUGUGUUGAAAAACCUGAACCUGGACAAGUACUUUAAUUUUAUUCUUUCCAGUGUGCAUGCUGGUGCUGAGAAGCCAUCUAGACACAUCUUUGACAAGGCUCGAGGACUCUCUGGUCAACGCAUUGCACCAGAUGAAGUGCUUCACAUUGGAGAUGAUGAGGAAAAGGAUUAUCAGGGUGCAAUCAAUGCUGGAGAGAAUGCCGUGUUUCUAAACAGAGAAAAAAUACCCUAUGAAGAUACCCCAGAGAACAUUAGUGCUUGCAAAGCAAAGAGUGCAAAUUUUACAAGUAUCUUGUCUCUGAAUGAGCUGUACCCUUUGAUGUGUUCCAAUUUCAAGCCUUAA